AUGUAUCUAUCACUGCUACCUUGUCCCCCCCUUACUACCCCUUUCUGCCUUCCUUCCUCUCCCUCAACCAUCGUAAUCUCCUCCCACCCUUUUCCACAUUCAAGGCGUAAGCUCACUGCAGCAAGGCGUGAGCUCACUGCAGCAAGGCGUGAGCUCACUGCAGCAAGGCGGGAGCUCACUGCAGCAACGCGUGAGCUCACUGCAGCAACGCGUGAGCUCACUGCAGCAACGCGUGAGCUCACUGCAGCAACGCGUGAGCUCACUGCAGCAAGGCGUGAGCUCACUGCAGCAACGCGUGAGCUCACUGCAGCAAGGCGUGAGCUCACUGCAGCAACGCGUGAGCUCACUGCAGCAACGCGUGAGCUCACUGCAGCAACGCGUGAGCUCACUGCAGCAACGCGUGAGCUCACUGCAGCAACGCGUGAGCUCACUGCAGCAAGGCGUGAGCUCACUGCAGCAAGGCGUGAGCUCACUGCAGCAAGGCGUAAGCUCACUGCAGCAAGGCGUGAGCUCACUGCAGCAAGGCGUGAGCUCACUGCAGCAAGGCGGGAGCUCACUGCAGCAACGCGUGAGCUCACUGCAGCAACGCGUGAGCUCACUGCAGCAACGCGUGAGCUCACUGCAGCAACGCGUGAGCUCACUGCAGCAAGGCGUGAGCUCACUGCAGCAACGCGUGAGCUCACUGCAGCAACGCGUGAGCUCACUGCAGCAACGCGUGAGCUCACUGCAGCAAGGCGUGAGCUCACUGCAGCAACGCGUGAGCUCACUGCAGCAACGCGUGAGCUCACUGCAGCAACGCGUGAGCUCACUGCAGCAACGCGUGAGCUCACUGCAGCAACGCGUGAGCUCACUGCAGCAACGCGUGAGCUCACUGCAGCAAGGCGCGCCAACGCGUUAGGCGCCAGCGCGCUAGGCGCCGGCGCGCUAGGCGCCGGCGCGUUAGGCACCAGCGUGCAAUGCACCAGCGCGCUAGGCGCCAGCGCGUUUGGCGCCAGCGCGUUUGGCGCCAGCGCGUUAGGCACCAGCGCAGCAAGCGCCAGCGCGCUAGGCGCUAGCGCGUUAGGCGCCAGCGCUCUAGGCGCCUGCGCGUUAGGCGCCUGCGCGUUAGGCGCCAGCGCGCUAGGCGCCAGCGCGCUAGGCGCUUGCGCGUUAGGCGCUUGCGCGUUAGGCGCCAGCGCAGCAAGCGCCAGCGCGUUAGGCGCCAGCGCUCUAGGCGCCUGCGCUUUAGGCGCCAGCGCGCUAGGAACCAGCGCGCUAUGCGCCAACGCGCUAGGCAGCAGCGCGCUACGCGCGCUCUAG